UUUAAGAUAUAAAUUAAAAAUAUCAGGAAUUUUUCAGAACAAACUAGAUGGAAGAUUAUGUUAUGUGAUAAAAUGGAGUAUGAAUAUUCUUCUUCUUUUUUCAUCGUGUUGAUUUCUUAACUUGUGCUAAGCCAAGGUAGAUAUUCUACAUUGUUUUUUUUGUAGCAAGAUUCUGCAGCAGUUUGCCAUCUCCUGUAUGAUAUUUUACAUAGUCAUUCGAGUGACAAAGGUUACACGGUACCUAGCUAAUAUUGACAAUGACAGUCGGAUUUUCACACCUUGAGAAAAUUCACUGUCCUGACUGGACUUUGGACUUACAGUCUCCACAGUAAACAGUCGACACACUAACCACUACCACGACAGCAGCUCUGUUAUGAUUAUGAAUAUGUAGAGCAGAACUACCACCCCCUGCCCCCCACGGAGCAAAUAAUCACGAAGGUGGCGACAUAGGUGCACGGCCGCACCUGCUCUUCAGUCACGAACUGCGAAAGGCAACGAUGUCAUCAUAUGGCAGCUUGACAGCUCAAAUAUUUCUGUGAAGCAAAUCAAAAACUGUAUAGCCAUGGUUGGUCCUUGUGCUGAACAAGAAUGUCAAGACAAUAGGUGCCAUGUGACUCGGGGAGAUUGGGGAAUGAACUGGUGCACAGGUGCAUGGAACAUGGUGGUAAGAUACCGAGGGAAUUGGAAACUGUUAUUUCUCGUAAUAAUUGUAUUCGCUGUGCUGGUCACAGUCGGCUGCUUAUAUCUCCUUACACCACUACCACCACCUGCCACAACAGACGAGGAAUGGAAACAAGGGGAGCGAGAUUCAGAAGAAAGUUAUUCAAUAUGGCCGCCUUACAGUAAUCGUGCGCUCAAUCCUCCGGAGUGGUAUUACUCGUCAUGCUUUGGCGUUCGCGACUUCAAGGCGUUUCAACUUAUGGACCUCACGAACCGUGUCACUGCAUGGCGCAACUCUUCCAAGCGCGAGUGUCGUGAUUGGCUGCGGCGAUUUGACACGAUAUUCGGCGUUACGACGACAACGGGUAAUCUGUACAUGUCGCAAUCAUUCCGUGAUAAAAUGUUGGUGCAGCUGGGUCGGCGCGAGCUGGUCAAGGAGAUGGCCGCACAGCGGAUCGUCGAGGUUCGUAACAAACUGACCGGCGAGCAGACACUGUUUAAUCCGUUGCGUGGUCGGCGGACGACGGGCCGACGCUCGCUUGACGCCGUGGCGCGCGUCGACGAGCUCGCCCGCCGCACGCAGGGCACGUGCGACUUCUGCAGCUACAUGACGAUGACGGCAGCCGACACGUUUGGACGUGUCGAGUCGCCGUUUUCGUUCUCGGCGGCCAACGCGUUCAAGCUGGACGUGUGGCACUCGCUGUUCCUGACGCGCUCGCACCACCCUCUCGACGUCAGCGAGCAGAUGCUGCGCGACCUGUUCGAGAACACCGCCUCGACGUGGUUCGCGAAGGUCCACUCGCUCGCUCCCGAGUACCGCUACCCGCACAUGACCUGGGACAAUCUGCCGGAGGCAGGCGCGAGUCAGGUGCACCCGCACGUGCACGGAAUGAUCACCAGGGAGCGCUACUACAACCGGAUGGAGCACGUGCGCCGCGCUGCCGAAGUGUAUCACAGGCGACACCCCGGCCGCAACUACUUCAGUGACCUCACGGAGAUUCACCAGGCUCUCGGCCUCGCCGUCUCGUACGGCGCCGCCACCGCCUUCGCUCACCUGACGCCGACCAAGGACAACGAGGUCGUGAUCAUAAGCCGCGCAGCGGACGGAGACUUUUACAGUAUGCUGCACUACGUAAUACGUGCACUCGUCGACGACAUGGACCGCCUGGCAUACAGCAUUGGCAUCGUGCUGCCACCUCUAGGCAAUACCGAUGGGCGCGGGUACAUGCCUGCAUUUGCUCGGGUGGUCAGUCGAUCAGAGGGUGGUAACGUUUCUGACAUUAGUUCCAUCGAGUUGUUCAAUGUUAACAAUGUUAAUGUGGACCCCAAUGAGGUAUUUCGAAGAGUUAGAAACUCUGUUCGUGUUAGAGGCGUGCCUCAUUGACAAAAGUGAUUUUACCAAAUACGUGGUGAUAUAUUUUUUGUAUGUUGCUACCUCGUGAUCGAUCAUCCUAUUCAAAAGGAAUCGUGCAGUAGUGAACACGAUUUUAUGUUUGAGCUAAUUAAAAUAGUCUCAAUUUAAAAAUUUUCUAAGAAUAGCUCAACCUUUUGCCAUUAAUAAUUUGUGCCUUAUGUGGGAUUUGUGUAAGCUGCACUGAAUGCCGGAUUUAAUAACUGAUGUGUUACAGAUGCAGUCAAUUUUUUUUUCAAGUAAGUUAUGAUAAUAAUCCUGAUAGUUAGAGCUUCUGUUUUAAGCAUUUGGUGUAGUUGCAGAGCAGAGGUGCCAUGUUAACACAGUGUCGCGUUUGGGGAAAUUUUAUGUUUUCAUUGUUGUCCAAUUACUAAAGAACUUGAGAUGAUAUGCACCCCAAGAAUUAUUAUCAUAAUCAGAUUUUUCGCGUAGUUUUAUCAGUGCCAUGUUUCUGACAUUAGUUUCAUUGAGUUGCUAAGCACCUAUCAUUUAUAGAUCCAAAUAACACAUUCCAAAGAGUGGGAAACUCCAACGUUGUUGUAUGGAAACCAUCCUCUGUAUGUAUUAGAGGUGCGUUGAUGAAAUGGGUUUACUAUAAAUACGUAUUGACUUGGUUUAUAGCUAAGAUUCCUUAACCUUGCUCAUUGAGGUAAAAAUCACUCAGUAUUUAGUGUGAUUUUAUAUAUAUAUAUAUAUAUUUAUUUCUAUAAAUCAAAACUUCCAAUUUUAAAGGUUUUAAGAAAGAUAUAAUAUAUGAAUUAUACAAUAAUUAUAAAAAGAUAAAAUUUCGAAAGGCUUUAGCCUUUGGUUAAAUUUCGCAAGUUAAAUUAGUGUGUAUGUGAUCCAUACAGAAAAAAUAAAAACUGGAAAUAAUUUGCUAAUGUUAUUGGUUUCGCUACUUGUGCUGCCCUUUGUGGUGUUCAGGUAGCUAAAAGCUAGUGCCAUAUUAUGUUUUAUAGGAUCAGAUGUAAUUUAUGCACUGUAAAGUUGCCAUGUUAUAGUAGUGUUUCUUUUUUGUCAAUUUGUGCUUUCGGGGUAAAGCAGUUGGUAGUGAACUUGAAUCAAUAAACAUUCUGAGAAUAAA